AAAAAGAUGUUCUUGUCCCGUACUACCGUCGCCCCUCUCAAGGCCAGUGCCUUGUCCUUUGCCAAGGUCAAUGCUGUCCGUGCUAUCACCACCGCCACUCCCAGCAUUACCCAGGCCUUCAGCGCCCAGAAGAACGCCAACGGUAACUACUUGGUCACCAUGAUCCCCGGUGAUGGUAUCGGUCCCGAAAUCUCUCGUUCCGUCAAGGAGAUUUUCGCUGCCGCUAAGGCACCUAUUGAGUGGGAAGAAGUAGAUGUUACCCCUAUCGUCAAGGAUGGCAAGACUGCUAUCCCUGAUGAGGCCAUUGUCAGUGUACGCAAGAGCACCGUUGCUCUCAAGGGUCCCCUCGCCACUCCCAUCGGUAAGGGUCACGUUUCCCUCAACUUGACUCUCCGUCGUACAUUCAACCUUUACGCCAACGUCCGUCCUUGCCGUUCCGUUGUCGGUUUCAAGACCCCUUACGACGAUGUCAACACUGUCCUUAUCCGUGAGAACACCGAGGGUGAAUACUCUGGUAUUGAGCACGAGGUCGUCGAUGGUGUAGUCCAGUCCAUUAAGUUGAUCACCAAGGAUGCCUCCGAGCGCGUUGCCCGUUACGCUUUCACAUACGCCCAGUCCAUUGGUCGUGACCGUGUCACCGCCGUCCACAAGGCUAACAUCAUGAAAUUGGCUGAUGGUCUUUUCUUGGAUGUCUGCCGUCAGGUCUCCAAGGACUUCCCCGACAUCAAGUUCAACGAUAUCCUCUUGGAUCGUGCCUGCCUUAACAUCACCUCCGACCCCUCUUUGUACGCUGAUACCGUCAUGGUCAUGCCUAACCUUUACGGUGAUAUCUUGUCCGACAUGUGCGCCGGUUUGAUUGGUGGUCUUGGUUUGACUCCCUCUGGUAACAUUGGUCGUGAUGCCUCCAUCUUCGAGGCCGUCCACGGUACUGCCCCCGAUAUUGCUGGUCAGGACAAGGCUAACCCCACCGCCUUGUUGUUGUCUGGUAUCAUGAUGCUGAGACACAUGCGCUUGAACGAGCAGGCUGCUAACGUCGAGCAGGCUGUCUUCAAGACCAUUGCCGAGAGCAAGUUCUUGACUGCCGAUUUGGGCGGUCGCUCCACCAACAGCGAGUUCACCAAGGCUGUUAUUGGCAACUUGAAGGCUUAGAUAUCCUAUCCUACCCCAACCUUUCCCAGAGUCCUUGUCUCUUUAAAAGAAGACUAAAACAUUGUUUUCAUCAUGUCCAUAUAGAAGCUACUUCAUCAAUAAUAAAAAAGCAGGAAUGCAACUCUUUGUACUCCUGUAAAAAUCAAUUCCCA